UGGCCGGUAGCGUCGCAAACCCGGCUGUGGCCUCGGAGAGUUGGGCACGCUAUGGCCGGCCCGGGUGUCCGUUGGCUCGGCUUGUUGACGCUGUUGGUUCUGUCGGCGCUGUGUUCCUGUCAGACCGAGUGGGCUCAGCCCCAGGAGCUUCCGCUCAUCCUCGGCUUCCGCCUGGAGGGCAGCGACCGGCACGCCGAGCUGUCACAGAGCGGGGAGCUGGAGGUGACGGAGGGCAGCCGGCUACAGCUCCGCUUCUAUGGCCUCAACCUGCGGCCCGACAGCGGAAGCCUGCUGGCCUUCACGGAGGACGGCCAGGACAAUAGCAGCUGCCUGAAGGACACGGGGGACCUGGUGAGGGACUCUGCGGGGCUGAACGUCAGUGAGGAGGCAGGGGGAAUGGCCGGCCUCCUAGAAGUCAAAGUCCUGCCCCUGAGGAAGAGCCAGAGCUCCAGGGUCUAUGUUCUAUGCACACGUCGGGGCCCUGGGCAGCCCUGGAUCCUUCACCCGGGCCCAGACGGACGCCUGCGGGUGCUGGAGGAACACAAGCCACUCAUGCCCAUCUGGCUGCAGGCCAUUGUCAUUGCUGUGCUGCUCAUCCUGUCAGGGAUCUUCAGUGGCCUUAACCUGGGAUUGAUGGCCCUGGACCCCAUGGAGCUGCGGGUGGUGCAGCGCUGCGGCUCGGACCGGGAGAGGAGGUAUGCCGCCAAGAUCGAACCGGUCCGCCGCAAGGGUAACUACCUGCUCUGCUCCCUGCUGCUAGGCAACGUGCUGGUCAACACCACGCUCACCACCCUGCUGGACGAGCUGAUUGGAUCCGGGCUCGCCGCCGUGGCCGCCUCCACCAUGGGCAUCGUGGUGCUUGGAGAGAUUGUGCCGCAAGCUCUGUGCUCCCGCCAUGGCCUGGCCGUAGGGGCCAACACUUUGUGGCUGACUCGUUUCUUCAUGCUAGUCACCUUCCCCGUGGCCUAUCCGGUCAGUCGCCUGCUGGACUGCAUUCUGGGGCAGGAAAUCGGUACCGUCUACAACCGGGAGAAGCUCCUGGAGAUGCUCAAGGUUACAGAGCCAUAUAGUGGUCUGGUCCGUGAAGAGAUGAAUAUUAUUCAGGGAGCUCUGGAGCUGCGCACAAAGACCGUGGAGGAUGUGAUGACCAAGGUGGAGGACUGCUUUAUGCUCCCCAGUGAUGCUGUGUUAGACUUUAACACCAUGUCCAGUAUUAUGGAGAGUGGGUACACCCGUAUACCUGUAUAUGAAAAUGAACGGUCCAAUAUUGUGGACAUUCUGUAUGUGAAAGAUUUGGCCUUCGUAGACCCAGAUGACUGCACCACUUUGAACACCAUUACUCGUUUCUACAGUCACCCUGUUCACUUUGUGUUUAGCGACACCAAAUUGGAUGCUGUCCUUGAAGAGUUUAAGAAAGGAAAGUCUCACUUGGCCAUUGUACAGAAAGUAAACAGCGAAGGAGAAGGAGAUCCGUUCUACGAGGUGUUGGGAUUGGUAACUCUUGAAGAUGUUAUUGAAGAAAUUAUUAAAUCUGAGAUUCUGGAUGAGUCAGAUCUUUAUACUGACAACCGCAGUAAGAAACGCGUGGGUCGUCGUCAGGACAAAAAGGAUUUCUCUGUCUUCAAAGAUCCAGAUCACGAACUGAGAGUUAAAAUUUCCCCUCAGCUGCUGCUUGCUGCCCACCGGUUCUUAUCCACAGAGGUACCAUUGUUUGCAUCUAGUUUGGUUUCAGAGAAGACGCUUUUACGUCUUCUCAAAUACCCAGAUGUGGUGCAGGAGCUUCAUUUUGAUGAGGAUGACAAAAAGGCACCAGAACACUUCCUGUACCAGCGCAACAAGAUGGCGGACUACUUUAUCCUAGUCUUACAGGGGAAAGUUGAAGUAGAGGCUGGCAAGGAGAAUAUGAAAUUUGAGUCUGGGGCCUUCUCCUACUAUGGUGUCAUGGCUUUGAGUACACCUUCACUCCGAUCCCCAUCUCACAUGGGCAGCUUGAACAGAUCGAGAUCCCUCAGCCAUGAGCGUUCAGACUCCAUGUCUUCCACCAUCAGUGGCAGCAAUACACAGCUCAGCACUCAAGCACAAUACACAGCAGAUUUCAGUGUGCGAGCCCUUGGUGACCUACAGUAUGUAAAGAUCUCACGGGAACAAUAUCAAGGAGCUCUGAUGUCCUCCCGGAUGGAUAGCAGUCCGCAGUCUCCUGAAGGUGGAACACACAAGCUGGAGAGCACUAUAUCGGAGCGCAGUGAGGUUAUGGUGGACGAAACAACCAGUCUUUUAAAUCAGAGGAACUCACAGCACAGUUUGCACCACAAUGCUGUCUGA